AUGGCGGAGCUCCGGGCCGAUGUGUACCACAUGAAGAAGACCACCCAAUUGGGACCUGAGCUUCCGUCCUCUGAAAGAGCAGGAAGUGCGAUUGGACCUGAAGAAGAAGCAGAAAAACCUGUGAAAACUAAGACUGUUUCUUCCAAAACUCUUUCGGUAGCAGCAGCUUUCAAUGAAGAUGAAGAUAGUNAGCCAGAAGAAAUGCCUCCAGAAGCAAAGAUGAGGAUGAAGAACAUUGGAAGGGACACACCAACAUCAGCCGGACCAAACUCCUUUAAUAAAGGGAAGCAUGGCUUUUCNGAUAACCAGAAGCUGUGGGAGCGAAAUAUAAAAUCUCAUCUUGGAAAUGUCCACGACCAAGACAAUUAAGUGAAGUGUUCUGAGGUUGGGGUGUGGGUGGGUGCAGUUAGAAGGAGCAGUCUCCUUUUUUUUUGUAAAGAAUUGUGUAAGACUAGCUGUGGAGCCGUUUUUCUUUCUUUUUUUUCUUUUCCUUUUUUCUUUUUUUNAAGAUUGAGUGGUACACUAAUAAAUGAGAGUUUGCAAUUAGAGGUAAUUUAUGUUUUAUAUACAGAUUUCAAGACAUUUGCUAAUUUUGUAGUUUCACAUGAUUAGUUUCCAAGGGUUACAGAUAAUAAAGAAAUCAC